AGUUACUCAAGCGUUGGAUUCUCGUUAAGCACGUGUUAAGUUUAUACGGUGAAGUAAUUUAUAAUAUAAUAAUGUCUUGUAUUGGGAACAUAUCUGAAAAAGAAUGUCAGAACACUGAAUUUCAACGAAAAUUAAAUCUUAGUGGAUUAGUCACUAAACUAACAGCACAAAAAAUUUCUGCUGAUCCGAACUGGAAUAAGGAAGAUGAUUUUCAUUCUGAUGUUUCGACUACAGACAAGUUUUUAACAAAAGGUGCAUUUUUGUUAACACCUUCAUAUGAGUUAUCGAUUGAAAGAGCAGCUGUGAUAUGCGAAAAGAUGAGUAUUAAAGGAUAUUUUAGUUUAACGAAAACCGCUACAGGGAUCCUGUUUAAAUUUUCGCAUCCUGAUGACUAUCAAUCAGUAAUAAAAAAAGGAUUUCAUAAAGUAACAGGUGCUAGGUUUUACAGAAAAAUUGCAAUUCCAUGUCGUCCACGUAAAACGUUUACUCUCUAUGCCUUAGAAGUUCCAGAAGACUUGCCUGUAGAGGACUUAAGACAUGCACUGUAUAAAUUUGAUUCAGUAGUCGAAGUUGUAAGAAUACAUUUAAAUACUCAGUCACCUGCUUCACCAACUGAAAAAAGUGUCGAUGAAACAGGAAGAAGUGAGCGACCUGAACGAAAGGUAUUACCUCUCGCAGUUAUUCGAAUUACUUUAGCUUCAGUGGAUGAAUAUAAUAUACUUCUACAAAAUGGAUUAAAUUUUUAUGAUGCUACCUUUUUUCCAACAGAUGCAAAUAUCACAAUUAAGGAUGCUAAAAUAGAUUACAAGCGCCGAUAUCUUGAAGGCAAUACACCUGGUAGAGUACGUGAGCUGCUGCCGGUGUUUGAUGCGGCUGGUUUCUGUAAAGUAGCUCCACCCACAAGUAAGCUAAUUAAACCACCACGGUCAUGAGUUCAACCAAAUUAAAGCUUUAUUGAAUAAAACAACAACUCAAUCUUUUGAAAAACGGAUGCCAGCUCAACGAAUUAAUUGGGUGUUUUUUAAUUAAUAUUAAUAUGCCAUAUAUAGAACUAUCAAUUACUUUGGACUUUGAUACUACCAUUAACUACUUAUUGGAAUUGCUUAAUUGGACAAUAAAAAAAUAUUAUUGUCUAAUAAGUGUGUUUGUAC